AUGGCUGCUCCCUCUCUCAAACUCCUGCUCGUUGCACUGCUUUUGGUCGCAUGCAGCGCCGCCACCUCCGGGGCCACGCGGCAGCUGAACACCGAUCCGUCGGCGACACCGCCAGAAUCCCGAUUAAUGCAAGCGGACAACUCUUCCUCCUCUGACGACAACAACAACAACUACUGCUGGGACUCGCUGCUUCAACUCCAUCUCUGCACCGGCGAGGUCGUCCUCUUCUUCCUCAACGGCGAGACGUACCUGGGCCCCGCCUGCUGCCGCGCUAUCCACGCCGUCCAGCUCCACUGCUUGCCUUCCAUGAUGGGCUCCCUCGGCUUCACCUCCGAAGAGGGUGACAUCCUGCGCCGCUACUGCGAUGCCUCUGUCUCCGGCCCCCUCCAGCCUCCACCUCCCCCGCCGGAGACCGUCGAGCCCGACGUUGAUGUUACCCAUAACUUGAUCCCUUAG